CAGCCUUGCAGUAAUAACCCAUGAGGUACCAGUAUAUAAGACCCCGCGGUGGAUAGUCCCAAGCAAUGGCGAAUUGUCGAUCCAGCUACUCUCGCGAUGUCCGACUACGGCAGUCUCGACCUUGAAAACAGCGACGUCGAAAGCGACUUCGACGUGUCGGCGUGCUCAUCGACCAGCGUCUCGGGGACGCCCGUGAGCGCGGGCUUCGUCGAGUCCGGCGGGCUGGAGGCGCUGCCGCUCGAGCUGCACCGGCUGAUAAUGCGGCACCUCUCGAAACCGGAGCUGUGCUCGCUCUUGCUGGCCUCCAAAGCGCUCGCCGCGAUAGCAGUGCACGAGCUCUACCGCUCCGUCGCGUUCGUUGGCGGUGCGCACGCGCGCAACAAGGCGUUGCUCGCCGCGCUCGCGGCUGGCAAGAAGGCGCUCGUGCGCUGCAUCUCGAUCGGCCGGUUCCACCUGGAGAGCGAGCCGCUGCUCGCGAUCGAGGCGCUGCUGGCCGAGCUCUGCGCUACCAGCCAGCUCGAGGCUGUGGUCUACCCGCAUUCCCGGCUCAAGUCUGAGGCGUCGUGGAAGAGCCGGCUUGGGGUGGGCGUGCGCGCCAUCGCCCGCACAAGGGAGCUGAGGUACUUGGCCUUGGGCGUGCUGGAUGUGGCCGACUGUGGGUUCCUGGAGCUGGGAAUGCAGUCGAAGGAGUUGCUGGGGCUCUCGGCGGUGUUCUCCCCGCACGCCACUGAUCCGCUGGGGGAGCUACCGGAUAUGGCGGCGAAUGGCGACGUGAGCUGGUUGUUGCCGCGGUGUGGCGCGGUCGAUGACAAUGUGGUCCUGCGCCGGCUGCUGCAGGACGCACAGGGAACACUGGAGGGAUUAGCUUUGGAUGCGAAACGGGUGCGCGACUUAAAAGCGUUGUACGCGAGUGGCAGCGGAACUGGGAUGGAGAAUGAUCAGGGACUCCUAAGGUUUUGGGAGGGGAUGGAGUUCGGGAGGUUGACCAGACUUGGGCUGUGGCAUUGGGCUAUGGGGGGAUCGAAGAACAUGGCGGGGUUGCUCGCUGCGGUCAACUUUGAGGCGCUGGUGGAACUGAGGCUGAUGCUGUGUCCGGACCUGGCGGAGCUGGUGCAGGCGUUGGGAGCGAAGGAGAUCAAGAUGAAGAAGUUGAAAACGCUCGCUAUCUGCGGUUCACAGGAGGUGGUGGCCAGCUUGCUGUGUAACUAUGUGCCGCCGGAACAGCUGGUGGACCUUUACAUCCGGAUCACAGAUGGCACUCACCAGGCGUGGAACAACAAGGUCUUCGUUCUGGAGCAGGAUUUCAUCAAUGCGCUGGUGGGCUGUGGGAGUUCCAUCGAGAUGCUCGACAUGGCCGUGAACUGGGCCUCGGGGACAUACCUACGAGGCGGGCUCGUUCUCAACGGCGCGGCACUGGGCCAGAUCACCAGCACCUUCACCAAUCUGCGUGAACUCUGCGUAGCGGUCGACUUCGCCGACUGGGUCGAAAUCGUCCAGCACCUCUCCCACCUGUCGCAUCUACACACGAUCCACCUCACGCCGAACGAGCUGAUCCCACUGCCUCGUUCACGUGCUCACGCCCGCCUCGUCGAGAUGUCUGACCUGAGCUACGAGUACACGUUGUCGCAGGUGCACCCGUCGCGGGCCAGCGCGCCCUCGCUGCAUUUCGACGCGCACGCUCGCGGGUUCUUGCUGGACCUUGUGGAGACCAUCCUACUCACGUGUUGUACCCGUGCCCCGCUGCAUAGGGCCUUUGAUUUCUUCAAGGACGCACGGUUGAGAAUGGUAGGCCUCACCAUGCCCGCUGGUGGUACUGGGGCGUAUCAGGGUUAUUGGAGGGCCGUUAAGUAUGCUAUCAGGGCUGAGAGAAUGGCACCUGUGUGGGCGCUGACCCAGGAGGCGAAGAGGAGGUCGUUUGAGAGGUCGGGCUUGAUUGUGUAGGCAUCGGCAAUGAGGAUGAGAUUGAGAGGACGGAGCAUGAGAGGAUCAUGAGUGUCGUUUUUGGGAAUCACAGGUAGGAAGGGUGUACAUGUACCUAAUGUAUGAUGUGAUCUACAAUUUUGGUGUGGUUUAAGAGAUCUGUUUGGGGAAAGCUACAAGGCUAGAAGAGUGUAUUGCCGUUCUAGCAAGAUAUAGGGAAUGCCAGGGCUUGGAUUCCAGAGGCAUCUCUACUAUCCCCUACAUGUCCGGG